AUGGUCCGGACAAGGUCAAGGGCUACCAGCCCAGGCCUUCAAGAAAGUAGAGGCGACCGUCAAUCGGUGCCUACCGUACAACCGCCUUCUGUCCAACACGUGCAAUCCAUGGCUGCUACUAUGGCAGAAUUGACCCGCCAGAACCAGGAGUUGGUUAGAGAACUUAACAUGAGGAGGCAACAUCGGGAUGAGAACGUUGGAAGACAGGUCCAGAGCCAAGAUGAGAGGAAUGCCGAGUUUGAGAGCCAGUCAAGGGGUACCCCUUCAAGAAGGGUGCCUCACUUGGAGAGGGAGAUGGACCAAAUGAGAAGAACUAUGGAUGAAAUGAAGGAAAAUAUGAAGAGGACCAACCCCGUAGAGGACUUGGUUCACAGGACUGACUCCCCAUUUGUGCCUCCCAUCAAUGCUCACCCUUUGCCACCGAAGUUCAAGAUGCCUUCCUUAGAUUCGUACGAUGGGACGCGAGAUCCAUUUGACCACAUUGCCACUUUCAAAACUACUAUGCAUCUUCAAGGGGUUCCGGAUGAAAUAAUGUGCAGAGCCUUCCCUACUACCCUUAAAGGACCCGCACGAGUGUGGUUCAGCAAAAUACCUCCCAGCACGGUAGCGUCCUUCGAAGAAUUAAGUAAGUUGUUUGUUAACAACUUCAUCGGAGGACAGAGGCACAAGCGUUCCUCGUCCAGUUUGCUGACCAUAGAACAAGGGGAGAAUGAAAGUUUGCGGUCGUUCAUUACGCGGUUCAAUAGGGAAGCUUUAGCAGUGGACGAGAUGGAUGACAAGCUGCUCCUGGCGGCUUUCCACAAUGGGGUUCACUCUGAUUUGUUCAUCCACAAGCUAUAUGAGCAAGAGCCUCAGACCAUGGCCGAACUCGUCCACUCAGCCCAGAAUUUUAUGAAUGCGGAGGAUGCUAUCAUAGCCAAGAAGAGGAAGAGAAUUGAGAAAAUGGAUGCUAACCCCACUCGUCACUCAGAGCAGGGUCCUCGUCUCAAGAAAGGACGAACGGAAGACAAAAAAGAUCGUGACAGGAAGGCAGGCCCCUCAGCACGAAGUCAGCAGUAUACGCCAUUGAACAUGCCACUUGAUCAAGUCCUAAUGUAA